AUGGCCCAGCCUCAGCAUCCUCGCUCCCUUCCAGCCGCUGCCGCUCCCCGCUCUUCUGCGCUCGACCACGUCCGCCGCAGUGGGUCUCAGCAGCAGCAUAUCGGAGAAAAUACAUCCAACAAGCCCCAUCCUUACAUUAUUGCAGCCGCUGCUCACCGCCAGAGCCCGUUCACAACCACGAGCGCCGCCCACCAGCGCCCAUCGCACGCAGACGACAAGAUGAUGGGUUCUUCUGUUCCGUGGAACCCCCAGGGCUCCGUUUUGCCUGAUUAUCCCCCUCGCGAGACGCUCGAUGCCGAAUAUCGUGCAUAUUUGGACUCGGCCGCUGCAAACACGCAUCCCCAGCUCACCACCAUCUCAAACGGCGCUGAAUUCGACGCUCGGAAUUCGAGUUUAGGCUCGAUGGCCUACAGCCACUCCUCGUUCACCGCCCCCGAUGGUUAUCCGUUGGCCGACGCUGCCACUGCCCAGAACCAGGCCCAACGAAAUAUAAGCAACCCAGGCCACACCCAUCCACCCAGACGCUCGACCACUGGCACAGACAUGUUUGCGCUCUCCCCAGAGUCCAUCUCCGCCUCGCACGAGUCUCCCUAUAACGGCUACACAAACUCGCCCCCUGUCCACCAGUACUUUGAUUAUACCACCCACUACACCGGGCAAUGGCAGCCUGGCCCAGGUCCACAGAUCCCUGCUGGCUCCAACUUUUCAUACUCCCAGCAACAACAGCAGCAGCGGCAGCAGCAACAACACCAGGACCAGCCGGCAUACCCACACUAUGCUGGGCCUCCCGUAACGGGUAUCACGUAUCCCCUGGGUGGUCAAUCCCCGUUUGAGCCCUACGCGGGCGUCAAUAUGGGCGUCAACCCAACCCAGGUGAAUGCGGGAGGCGGGGAUGCACUAGGCGGUCAUGCCGGCUCCCAACAGCGUGUGCAGCCACCACCAAUAUCUACCGGUCGACGCAUGGCAAACCCAAGCUCCCUCAAGGAGAAAGUCGCCCAGGGUUCUCGCCCUCCAGUCAAUCGUAUCCCAUCAAAUGGCAGCACCAGCAAGCUACCACCUCCACCACCCCCUGUGGUCAAGCCAGUCACCAAGCGCAGAAGGACAAAUGCAUAUGACGACGACGAAGACGAAGAGUCGUCUGACGAGGACUAUGCAGAUGGGUCCCAGUACCAGUCCAACACGAACAAUAACAAUAACGGCCGUCUCCCACCACGUCUGGCGAAAACGCCUGUCAGCGGUGCAGAAACUCUGGACGAGCCAACCAAUGCGUCGUUGGCCCGAGAAAACCUAGGCAACCUUCCAAGUAUCAAAAAAGAGCUUUUACUCCAGAAAGUCCGGGAGCAAGACGCGACGAUCAAGAGCAAAGAUGCCGUCAUCAAGUCGCUGCUCGAGCAGCUGCAGAACCCGCACGUCCAGAUUUCGCUCAAGGACGAUCAACCACGCAUGUCGGCAUCCAUUCCGGCCGCAAUCGCGGACCAGCUUCCCAAACAAGAAGAGCAGCCGAUUGAUAAGGCAAUCUUGGACUGGAUGGAACGCGCACAAGCUAGCAUCGUCAGCACAUCGUCUGCAGGUUACCGUAUCUCCGACGCACGGGGUCUCGACGAGUCGGAUUCGGAUUCAGAUGACGGCGUGAAUUACGACGACACGAUGGGCGGUCAGCUCAUGAGUCCGACAAAGUCGUCUGGCAUGUCCGAGUCGGGUCGUAGUGUCGGCCGGACGAUUGGUGGCCAGCUCGCUGCUCCGCUCGACCAGGGUGUGCAUAGCGCAAAGAGUUCGCCCAAGUUACAUUCUCUGCCGUUGGAGACGACGCCGAUUGGAUUGCUGGCUGAAUUGUCCUUGCGGGAUCAGCGCGAUGCGCAGAGCCGUCGCUCGCGCUCGCGCUCAAAGUCUCGGUCUGUUGCCAGUAAUGGAGACAUUUCCGCGUCGAGUCCUGCGCGGGAGAGCUCUGGUGGCAAGAAUGGAGACGAGGACGAUAAUGACAAUAAUCUUGGCGUCGCAAGCAAGUCUUACUUCCAGGCCGAUCCUGCUGCGCAGAUGGGUCUGAGGACGAUCAAGAUUGAGAGGAAGAAUAUCCCCGAGAUUAUGUCCUGUGGCAUCGUUUCACCCAAAGAGGUUGACGAACUGUUCAAGAUUUUCUUUGAUAGACUCAACGUUUUCGUGUCGAUUUUGGAUCCCCUCUUGCAUACACCUGCGACGACCUUUGGACGUUGCCCCUUCUUGUUUACUGUUGUCUGUGCAAUUUCGUCGCGCUACUAUACCGAGAAGCGUCCCGAGCUUUACAGUCUCGCGAUGCACUUUGCGAGAAAAGCUGCGGCUUCAUCGCUCAUUGAAGGUGCCAAGAGCGUCGAGCUCUGUCAAGCUUAUAUCCUCAUGUCUGUGUACUCGAUGCCAUCGCGUCGAUGGGAGGAUGCGCGCGAGUGGCUCUAUCUUGGGUUGGCCAUUCGCAUGGCGACUGACCUUAAUCUUCAUGUUCGAACGACGACCAAGCCGCUCAACGAGCAACACGAGCGAGAGCUCUUGAACCGGAGUCGUACCUGGCUCAUCUGCUACAACCUUGACCGCUCGGCAUCUGCCCAGCUCGGCAAGCCGGCGUCCAUCCGUGCAGACCCCAUCAUCCGGAGCGUCCGUGCCGUCGGCGACCGUAAGCCAUGGUGGAAGGCCUCCCAGUACAAUGAUCCAUUCGAUCUGCACCUGUGCGCUUACACAGAUUUGCUGUCGACGAUUGUGGCCGAGUUCCAGGAACGAGUCUACUGGGAUCCAAACACGGAGACGUCGGUUCUGCGGUCGGAUCUGGAUCUCGUAAAGGUCGCAUAUGAGUUUGAUGCCCGCUUGACCAAGUGGAACUCGGAAACGACCGUGAGCUUUGCGACACAUUCGGACGCGAGUAGUCCGCAGUGUGCGUACAGGGUCCGGUUGUUGCCGUUUUAUGUCAACUACCUCCGACUGGUCAUGCUCUCCCUCGGCUUCCAGCAGGUCACGCACAAGGCGCCGAAACGCGAGGGUCCACGGCCGGAGAUUGUCAAACGGUGCCUGGACGCAGCUUGCGAAGUUGUCAAGACUAUUGUCGACACACUUGCGCCGACAGAUUAUUUCCGUGCAUUCUUGAUCAAGAUGCUCCGACUGCAAAACGGGACAUUGUUGGAUGCAGAGGAAAAGACGCAAGUCAUUGCAUUGGUCGAGCGCCUGAUUGAUACGCUCAAGAAUCCGCGUAUCGCGAUUGACGCACGCCACACCCCAAUGCUCUACUCGCGUUUCUUGGCCAGCUUGAUCAGCAAGUACAAGGAGGAUAUGGCCCCGUCGACAGAUGGAGGAGAUGGGUUGACGUCCAACGAUUCGGCUGGCGUCCUCACUCCACCCAUGGUCAAGGACGAGUCUGGACCAAAUGCAUCCUCGUCGUCGCAGGCUACACGAGGCGAAAUGGGUCCACCACCACAGAAACCAGCCAGUUCUUCACGACCGAUGGGUAACGGUGCUCCAGUAGCAGCAGCAACCAGUCGCCACCGCCCGAGCCCAUCGAUCGAACUGGUGCCUGCGCACGAUCCGUCGUCGAAUGGGCCUCCACCAACCGCGCAUACCAUCUUUGAUCCGUCACUGCUCAUCGACGAUGGACAUGGAUCGUUGAUGCUGCCUUUGUCGGCAAACCACGAAGAGUCGUAUGCAGCCACGGUGCACGCCCCAAGCACCGUGUACGGAGGCAGCCAGUAUAAUGCACCGAUUUCGCAAGGUGUGGGUACUGGCAUGGGUGGCUUCGGAAUGGAUACGUUCAUGGCGGACGACCAUAUGCUGGCUCCCAUGUUGGCAAUGUCGAAUCCCGCGUUCUGGGACUCGGGAAUGCUACCGGGAAUGCCGGCGUGGUCUGAUGAGAUCAUGCAGUGGACGUCGAGUUUGGACGAGGAGCAAUUGGCGGCGCUGGGAGCCGAGAGCCAUAACGGUGCAUAUGUUGGUCGGUAUUAG